UUUACAUAUAACGUAGAAGUACAGAUUUUUAAUUCUCAUAACGAUUCUAUAUGAUUAACAAUUUAAUAUCACACUUGUCAUUUAAAUGAAGGUUUAUUACACGGUUUAUAUAUUUCAAGCAUAAUCAUGUUUUUACUAUUGUCGUUAUUUCUUUUUUAAAACUUCAUUCAAAUAUUAUUCCGAUAAUACUGUUCCAACACUCACAACCUGAUAAUAUUGUCUGGCAAUCGGUGUCGCAGAUAUUGUUGUACAAAUACAUUAUCUUUACCAUAACUCAAAGCUUUCCAUCGAGACAUCGUCAUUGAUCACCCUCGUAGCAUAAAUCAUCGAGCUGCCCGCGUAACAGUCGCAGUCAUCUCCCAGAUUUCCCAGUGUAGGUGUUGUUCCGGCGAGACCGAGUCGAAACAUGGAGAACACGUGACCGCGUGAUAAAGUGACGGGACGCGAGGAACAGUGCGAGAGGAAGAAGAGAGUAGAUUUCGCGAGUGUGAGCGCGGGGGGCGAGUCCGGACCGAACGAAAAAGCGAUGCCAAGAGUCGCGAGGACGAUCAAAUCAGAUCGGUAUCGUGCGAUCCGCGAUUGAGGUCACUGAAUUCGCUCGAAGCCCACUGCCGGUGUUAGGCGCUUGCCAGUUGCGGGCAGUCGCGACGACUAGGUCGAGGCGAAGAUGAAGAACAACUCGAGAAAUUCGAAUCACGAGAAGAACGGGCCGGAGAACCUGAAGCUGCUGCAGGUACCGACGACGCCGCCCGUGACACCGUCGUCGCCCACGACGCCGACCAGAGGCCUCGACGAUGUUUUCAAGGAGCUGCCGAUCACCGACGACACUUCGUGCGGCAUAUGGUGCUUCAGAGGUCCGAACCUGCAGAGGUUCGCCAACAAGAAGGCAUACGUGUUUCUCUACGGUUUGCUCGGUUGCAUAUUUUCCGCCAGUUAUGCCUAUUUUAAUGGUACAAUCACCACCAUCGAGAAGAGAUUUAAAAUACCCUCAAAAACGACGGGUCUAAUCACAGUGGGUAACGACAUCUCGCAGCUUUUCGUAUCAGUCGCCCUGUCGUAUUACGCAGGAAGGAGUCACAGGCCUCGAUGGAUCGCUUUCGGUAUUUACACCGUUGUACUUUUCUGUUGUCUUACAAUGCUACCGCAUUUUCUCUACGGGCCCGGCGAAGACGCUCUGUCCCUGACGAAAGAAUACGCGGGGACGAAAGCGCAAGGUACACUAAACGCAAGCGUGAUUCCCGAAAAACAUCGGAAAUUUCUUUGUUCGGGCCAAGAAAGUCGCGGGCCGGAUUGCGAGGUCGAAGAUGGAAACUUCGCGCCGCAGGUGAUCCUCUUCAUAGCUCAAUUGGUGGCCGGGGUGGGUGGUUCACUUUAUUACACCCUCGGGGUGUCGUACAUGGACGACAACAUACAAAAGUCGAAAACGCCGGCGCUGAUCAGUUUCUCGUACUUUCUGCGAAUGCUGGGACCAGCCAUCGGCUACGGACUGGCCUCAUUUUCCUUGAAGUUCUACAUCAGCCCGACUUUAACUCCCACUAUCACGAUGCAAGAUCCGAGGUGGCUAGGCGCUUGGUGGUUAGGAUGGAUCAUUUUGGCCAUUCUCCUCUUCAUUUCCGCAAGCGUGAUCGGUCUCUUCCCGAAGACCUUGCCGAGAGCGGCCGCUCGCAAAGUUCUGGCUUUGGAGCGCAAUAAAUCGGCCGCGAGCAUUAAGGGCGAGCCGGAAUCGGAGCUACCGGCGUCAAUCUCGGACAUGUUAAGAACGUUUAAGCGCCUGCUGACGAACACGACUCUGAUGUGCAACAAUCUGGCGACGGUCUUCUACUUCAUGGGCUACAUGCCCUAUUGGAUCUUCAUGCCGAAGUACAUUGAGACCCAGUACAAGCAAUCGGCGUCCGUCUCGUCGUUGAUCACCGGCACGGUCGGCUUGGUGUUCAGUGCCUUCGGGAUUUUGCUGUCCGGCCUGGUCAUUUCCAAGUACAAGCCGAAGGCUCGAUAUCUGGCCGCGUGGAACGUCAUGAUUGGCGUUAUAUCGAUCCUGGGAAUGAUCUCCUACGCUUUUCUCGGCUGCUCGGCGAACGACAACCAGGUCGCCAUUCAGCCGAACGGCGUACUGAAAACGCAACUACCCUGUAACGAGCAGUGCCACUGCGACUACGUCACCUAUAAUCCAGUGUGCUCCGAGCAUGGACAAACGUUUAUAUCCGCGUGUCACGCCGGCUGCCGCAGCAUAAAGCUUCACAGUAACGGCAGCAAAGUUUAUACGGACUGUAGCUGCGUAAAACCGAAAUUGGCUCGUUCCCUGGCGCAUCCGUUUACGAACGUCACAUCCUUCCCAUUUUCCACCGAGGCCCCGUUGGAAACGACCGAACCCACGGUGGAGCCUUUGGGAACGGCUGUUCCGGGUUCGUGUCCGGUCGAUUGUAUGCAGAAAUUCUACAUCUUUCUGGCGGUGGUGUGCCUCUUGAAGUUUAGCGGCGCGACUGGGAGAGCGUCGAAUUUCCUAGUUUCCGUAAGAUGUGUCGACGAGAAGGACAAGACGGUCGCCAUGGGCUUCGGAUUAAUGAUAAUGAGCCUCUUUGCCUUCAUACCGUCGCCUAUUUUGUUUGGAUUUAUAUUAGACAAGACCUGUCUCGUAUGGGGUAAAACUUGCUCGGGAACGGGAAAUUGCUGGCUAUAUAAUGGCGAGGCAUUGAGGUAUUUGCUGAACUUUACCGCGGCCAGUUUCGUAACGAUCGGUACGCUAUUCGACGUGGGCGUUUGGUAUUUCGUCAAAGACGUGAAGAUCUUUGACGAGGAGAUCGAGCUGAAAGAUAUAGCCGAGGAGCCCGGUGAGACGCUUUAAAGAAUAAUUGAUGAUCAAGUUCAAUCAUCCUUUCGGCGUAUUCGUUACGCGCGUGAAAAGAGACUUUGAUCGAGGAUUUUCAAGAAGGAUCGAACGACGAACGCGAAGACCGAGCGAGAACCGACAAAUAAAGACUUUACAAGUACCUUAAGCACCUUCUUAGCUAUUUAAAGCCCGUAGUAACCUAGAUAGAAUCGACUGUUGGUAGAUCACUCAUGGUGUUCGCAGAAGAAGAGCGAUCGCCGAUCUUUUAUUAAUAUUCAUUUAUUACGAUUAAUUAUUUUUUUCGUCGUAACAGGUAUCGUUGUACGAUAUGGUAUGCAUAUUUGCUUUAUUUCGAACUUAUGUUUAAACGGAAAAUGAUAAUGAGCCCUAGGGAGGGGGUGCCAAAUUAGUACAUAUAUAAAGUAAUAUAUAUACACUUAGUAUAUAUACAUCGCUUGUCGAUGGUAAAAACAAUGAUUCAUGCUAUUAGCGUGAAUCAUCUAUAAAGUUAAAUGAUUGUACAUAUAAUGAUUAUACUGAAAUAGUAAAAAAAAAGAAACACCGUAAUUUAUCUACUGAUAAUGAAAUAAUAAUGUAGCCGCUGUUACUAGCGCGUUAGAAAUUUUUAUCUACGUAUAAGGUACUAUAAAACAACAAGGAAUUACUAACAGGUAGGCAAAAUAAUCCACAAAAUUAGGAUAUAAUAGAUUUUAAUCGUGUAAUAAAUAUCAAAAAAAUCAUAAUGGACGUCGUUAUACAUAUGUUACAUUUUACAAAGAAUAACUAGAAAUAUGGAAGUAUGCCAUGAAAUA